AUGCCUGGUGGUUACAAGAAGGCGUUGCACAGUGUUAUCGACCAAGGUGGGGUAUAGAACACCAGCAACAGAAGAGAGCGUACGAAAGAUGUGUCUUUAAGUGAGGAUGUUCAUUUUCAAUAAAUCAGAAAGAAUAGUAGGUGGAUAAUAUAGAAUAUGAAGGGGGAAGGCAAGCAUUUACAAACCACCAAGUGAACCGCUGCCGAGUCUGGCAGGAAUCCAAGUUUCGCAUUUAAUAUGAGGAUUAAUACAUAUUGUUAAAAGGGACCGGGGAUACUAAAGGGCGUGGUGGCACUAAGGAAUCGAUAAAAUGAAAUUUAUUCGGAAUAACGUCAAACAAAACAGGAUUGUGAGAUAAUUGGAGUUUAGAAAUACAGGGAAUCGUUUUCUGGCCGUUGAAAUGGAAGCCAAUUCUCCGAUGAUCCGUCUGAGACCGGAUUCAACUGCUUCUUUAAAAUCGGAGAGUUACGUGGUUUUCAAUGAGGUAAGCGAAAUAAAAUCGGGACAUGCAUACAAUCUACCUCUGCUCUUGGGGGUUUUUUAAUUCACUUAGAAAUUAAUCGCUAACCUGGAGUAAAUCAGUCCAUCCGAGUUUUACAGACUCAGACUGAAAUUUGGCAUGAAUACUGGGACCGAAGUCCAUCAGCUACAGCGGAAUGGUCGCGCAAUACUCACAAAGUUCCAAAAGGCAGCAACCUGUGCAUAUAUCACUAGCUGCCUGUUGGUAAUUUAUGAACAUUAUGUGGUUAAUCCGCUGUGACUGAUAGGCUUGGGCACAAAUAUCGGUUUGAUCGCAGUUGGUAGCCAGGCCCCGUAUUACAGGUGGCGGAGGAGUUUGUUUACUGGGGCUAUUUUGUGGGGCUCCAUAAUCACAUAUGACCCAUUCGGCUUCCGUUUUACGUUUGAGGUUAAGAUUAGGGUACCGGUUAAUGGUUUCCGAUUUUCGGGUUAGGGUUAUGCCCUUUAGGCUUAGGUUUUCGGGUUACGGUUAGGGUUUGAGCGUACGAUUAGGUUUCAGUAGUACGGUUAGGUUUUCCAGUUACGACUAUGUCUAAGGCCUACGGUUAAGUUUACGAUUUCCGUUAGGGCUAGAGUUAGGGUUGCCGUUAGGGUUAACGGUUAACGUUUAAGGUUGAGGUUAGGGGUAGGGUUAGGGUUAAGGUCGCCGUCCGCUUCCCCGUUCCUGGCUACCAACUGCGAUCUAGCCCAAAUAUCCAUCAAAAAUUUCACUCUGGGUCUGGGACUGGUUUUCUCCUAGUUAACGAUUAGUUCCUGGGGAAAGUAAAAAGCUGAAAUCUCAAAGCUGAAGUAUCUGCCAGAAAGUACAUGGGGGAUGCCGCAGGAUCCACUUGUGGGCCGAACCCCACGCAGCGGUGUCAUGCAGCGGCAGAAUAUCGGCGAAACAUGUGUCUGGGCUUUCAGCUAGCACCUGUGCGGUCAUGUGUGGUAUGCCGUACAAUCCAUGUACCUCUGCUCUGACCAGGGGGUUGUCCCACUUGCCCGGUGGCUCAGUUGACCGUUAUGCAAGCAUGUCAGUCAGCUCUCUCCGACCGGCGGCUUUGAAGAGGCCAUUAUAUACCUUCCUUUGGCUGUGGGCGCCGGGCACAAGGUCCGCAAAUCCGCCCGAUAUGGUAAAGACCAUCAGAAGUUCGUGUUUCGUUCAGCAAAAAGACUAAAGGGACAAAAUUCACUGCGCGUGACUUCGAUCACUUCGGACAUAGCAUGGGCUCGUGCAUGAACUAACGGAGCUUCCGGUCCGACGACCAAGUUGGUCGGGGUUCAAACUCUCAAUAUCUCUUGCUUUCGGUUCGUGUUGCGGCUAGAUGAUGUGGACAGGCAGGCGAGAAAUGACAAUUCCUGUCUCCCCUAUACUUAUAAUACCCUUUCCUGAAAGAAGUGGAAUCAGAAUUAGGGCUGCAAGCGGCACAGGGUGCAACCACAUCAUGAAAAUCCCUGACUCCUUUUAUAACUACGCACGAUAUCUGCCUACCCAAAGACAUGUGGAAAAGCGAUUACGGGCAGUAAAACUUGAUAUGAUUGGUAGCCGGUCCCUGGGUCGUGCGGUGGGUUAGGCAGAUAGCCAGAAACUGGGAGUACAAUUGCUUAUCCUUAUGAAUCAUCUGCAUGCAAAUGCAGAAUUCUCGAAUAAACUGGAAGAAACCAAUCGGUUGGCUUCCCAAAUGUUUACCGUGGGGGAAGGAGGUGGCUCCAAACAGAGAUCCAUGCGCGGAAAGGCAAGUUUUGACGUCCCAGAAUUCUAAAUUUUGGGUCUUGUUCCCACUUUGACGAAAAAGGAUUGUAGUAUAACACUGAAAUGCUGAAGGACGAAAUCAGUUUCCCAAGAGUGCACUAGGAAGCAAUGACUGCCCCGAGGUGUUCGUCUAAAAAUAGUGCCAAGUUGGGACUGUGAAAUCGGCGAGACCGUUAUUUUCACAGAAAUGUGUGAGUAUUCACCUCCACUUCAAGCGUGGCCAUGUAUGCGUUUUAAUAGCUGUUUUGACAGAUUUUAAUAAUUCCUCUGGGCCAUUUGUUAAAAAAUCGGCGACCUAAGUGCGAUCCGAAUCGACGACAGCAAGGGGAGGGCUUUAUUACAGCCAACGCUCUAGCCAUCUGAUCUCCGACGCCUCACCGGAAGCCGUGAGUCUAAUCACACGUUGGUCAAUUUACCCACCCAGCCAACUGUGAAGUAUGGACUUCACCAAUACUGAUGCAGUAAGCUGACUGCCCAGGCGGGAUUUUCUAAGCAUUCAAUCUGAAAUCCGCCUGAUGACUACCAGGCUGGCAUAACUAAUACGUGUUUUGGUAGACUUGAAUUAUUCCACUGAUCCAUUUGUUAAAGUGUAGUGACAUUUAAGUCCGUCUUGUUUUAAUCAGUUACAAUACGCUCUUUAAAGAACUUGACACAACUUUACAUGAGACAUAGAACAAGCACGUGCAUUUUUACCUGCUGACGACUUUGUUCUUAUUGACUACUUUGUAACUGUUGGGAUACUGCUAUCUUCACUUCCUGGAUAGCUUCUCACUGUGGCCAACUAAUGGAUUUAUCACUUACAAAAGACUCCGCGGCCUCUGUGGGAUCCGAACCCACGACCCAAAUGUGAUUAAACUCACGGCCACCAGUGCGGCCUCGUAGCUCAGGUGGUUAGAGCGUUGACUGUACCCAAGUCUUGCUCUUGCUGUGGCGAGCUCUGAUCCCAUUGCAGCCGCCCAGUUUUCAUAGCUGGGUCAAAGAAAAUAUAUCCAUCAUAAUCAAACACAGAUUUCGCAGCAUGAUCAGAUGAACAUACAUCGGUGCCGACCCUAUGCGCCUAAGUUCAGCAAUGGCUCCCGCGGCCUGCGCAAAGCAACCGCUUCUUGUGUUUAUGAGCGUAACGGUGGAUGCAGACGCGUAUGCACUGGGUGCACACAAUGGCAGAUUAGUCGUCCGAACACCUGCCAAACAGACUGUACGUAAUUCUAUGACAAAACACCUGGUAGAAAAUGACCAGAACUGGUGCUUAAAAUCCUCAUAUGCGGAAGGAUUUAAUGUCUUCUAUGCUACACUGAAACGGCAGCGAAAUGAAGUUGGGAACAAGAUUUCUACGAAAAGUUAGGCCUAGCACUUUCCUGAAUAGCUUGUCUAUUUAAAGAAAUUCGCGUUUUAGUACAGGCGACCUCUCAUGCGCAAUUCACAAGGCAUUGAAGACUUUUCAAGAUCAAAUAUUACGAGUGUCCGAAGGUGACUUUCCAAGAUGCCUGCUCAUGGUAACUAAUCGCCGUGCUUAUGCAGUGGUUCACAGUACUGCAAGGUUCACCAUACUCACAGCACAGGUACUCGCUAAAAGUUCAAAGUAUUCAUUCUAAGUUCGAGCAUUAAUUUAUCAGAAAAUGAAGGGGGUGGCACUAAGUGGUUUGUUACAUGCAAGUAGGCGAUUUUAGAAAUCUUCGGUGGCAAGUCACCAUGUCAUUCAGCAUGGAAUGACGUGAGCCUGGGCUACUGGCGGGUCAGUACUAAGAGCAAGUUUGCCUAAGACUACGACGACCCAUGCGUCCUAAUAGAGACAUAUUCAACAUUUAGCGAUUGCAGUGCACCUCCUUCACUGAGAACUCGAUUAUACGGGCUUGUGAAAAAAGGACGUGUUUGUCCUCACCUGAGUAAUAAUCUGAGAAAAAACCAGAUUUAACGGCAUGAAUAGGGUCGUAUGAAUGUACAUCGACUACUGCAUUAUAUUAUCUGGUGUGUAACAGUUGAAAGUGUUAUCAGUGUUGGCGGGUUUACCUCUUCUCCAAACUGGUGGGGAUUGCCAAGACCUACAGGUACGAUGAAACAAAUGUAAGGUCUUGUGGUGAAUGCAAAAGGCCUUUUUUACUGGUGAAAUAACAGUGGCGGCGACUUGCUAUGUGAUCUCUUAUCCCGUCAGAGAAGAAGGAUGAUGAUGAUGAUGAUGAUGAUGAUGAUGAUGAUGAUGAUGAUGAUGAUGAUGAUGAUGAUGAUGAUGAUGAUGAUGAUGAUGAUGAUGAUGAUGAUGAUGAUGAUGAUGAUGAUGAUGAUGAUGAUGAUGAUGAUGAUGAUGAUGAUGAUGAUGGCGACGAGGGGUUGUGA